AUGGAAUUGAUGGGUCAUUCGACUUACAGUCCCGACUUGGUACCCAAUAACAUGUCAGUUAUGACUACAGAUGAACUUGAGAAGGCAGAUGCUUUCCUAGUUGUUUAUUCAUGCAUCGAUAAGGAAUCUUUUACGCGUGCCAAGCAAAUUUUGUCGAGAUUACAGGAUAUGGACUUGCUGCGCACUCGACCAAUUAUACUCGUCGCAAAUAAAAUUGAUUUAGCGCGGUCACGUGCAGUUUCAGCACAAGAUGGAAAAUGUCUGGCUUGUACUUUUGGUGCGAAAUUCAUUGAAGUCUCCGUUGGUAUAAAUCAUAAUUGUGAUGAGCUGUUAGCUGGCACAUUGACACAAAUACGUCUCCAGAAAGAUCACAAUCUAGUACAAAUACUUAUUGGAUACAUAUUGGUUUCGGAAUAUUUAAAGGUUAUGCAUAUAAAUAAAACUCAUGCUGAACUUUAUUACGGUAAACCUCCCAAGUAG